GAACCAAUCAGGAGGGCCCAAAAUUACCGAGUCGUCGUCGUCACUAAUCUUUGGCCCAUUGAGACGGGCGCAGAUCUGUUCUUUCUUCUUCACCUGCUUCUUCUUCUUCUUCCUCUUGCGCCGCUAGGUUAUUCCAAAACGAAAGGAAGAGAAUGAAAUUGGACAAUAAAAACAUAUCCGAACUUUGAUUGUUAACCAGAAGAGAAUCAUCAAUGAGAAAAUGCAUUCAAGAACUUCUUCUUCUAUUGUUCACCGCCCUCGAACGUUAGCCUCUCCAAGCUUCCUCUUAUAUCCUCUCUCUCUAUAUCGACAUGUCCAGACUUUUGACAUUUGCAAAGAUUAGGAAAGUUUCACAAUCUGCUAUUUCAAACCAGUUGAUGAGCCAUUCUGAUUUUAGGAAGUAUGGAACUGUUGUUACUGUUGGGUUGCGUUUGCCACAAUAUAGAGUGUACUCUCACUAUAGGUUCACGAGUGGAGGAAAGCCUCCACUCUUAUUGCAGACUACCAAGGAAGGGUUCUGUCAAGGUUAUUUUGUCAGGAACCAUUCCUUCCUCUCUGCAAGUAGUGCAGUAACUCAUCAUGCCCAAGUUGCUUGGAAAAGACUCACCCGGAGAUGUUAUGCCAGCGGUCGUACAUUGCCUCACAUAAGCAGGAUAGCUCAAGCGGUCAGCUUAGCCUUGUCUCGCUCACACCUGAUAGUUCCUGGUAUUUUUGGCUUGACAUGUGGACAAGUGGCAUUGGCACAGAGGACUUUAGUCGAGGCAGAUUACUACCCAUCACAGAAUUCUUUGUAUAUGCGUGCACAAGAUGGGCAUGCUUUUGUUUCCUCUAUACUCCUUUCAUUGGUGGAAGGUGUUAUCUUACUGCUGAGGGCUCUCUAUCUUGCAGUUUUGUUCUCUCCUAGCAUUAUAAUGGCACCAUUUGCCGACUCUUGUGGUUCACAAUUCAGGAAAAUGUGGCUUGAGAUUGUGCAUCGCACACUCGAGAAGGCAGGUCCGGCAUUCAUAAAAUGGGGUCAAUGGGCGGCAACACGACCAGAUCUCUUCCCUAGAGAUUUAUGCACCAAGCUUUCAGAGCUUCACAGCAAAGCUCCCGAACACAGCUUUGCCUACACUAAGAAAACUAUUGAAAGAGCAUUUGGCCGCAAACUUUCCGAAAUUUUCGAGGGUUUUGAAGAGGAACCUGUGGCAUCUGGAAGUAUAGCUCAGGUGCACCGGGCUUCUUUGAGAUUCCGCUAUCCUGGUCAGCGGGUCAAGCCCAUGGUAGUUGCGGUAAAGGUUAGACAUCCUGGUGUUGGUGAAUCAAUUAGGAGAGAUUUUAUGAUUAUCAACUUGGUGGCAAAGAUAUCAAAGUUCAUUCCAACUCUGAACUGGUUGAGAUUGGAUGAGAGCGUCCAGCAGUUUGCUGUUUUCAUGAUGUCUCAAGUUGAUCUCGCAAGGGAAGCUGCACAUUUGAGCCGAUUUAUAUAUAAUUUCCGAAGCUGGAAGGAUGUUUCUUUUCCUAAGCCUGUGUAUCCACUUGUGCAUCCUGCUGUUUUAGUGGAAACUUAUGAGCAAGGGGAAAGUGUUGCACGCUACGUUGAUGGACUUGAAGGACAUGACAGGAUUAAGACUGCACUUGCUCAUAUUGGAACUCAUGCACUUUUGAAGAUGCUUCUGGUAGACAACUUUAUUCAUGCUGACAUGCAUCCUGGAAAUAUCCUUGUCCGGGUGUCAAAGAGCAAGGCUUCUCAAAAACGGCUCUUUAAAUCAAAGCCUCAUGUCAUUUUCCUUGAUGUAGGCAUGACUGCUGAACUUUCUAGGAGUGAUCGUGUAAACUUAUUGGAAUUUUUCAAGGCUGUUGCCCGUAGAGAUGGUCGCACUGCUGCAGAGUGCACGCUCAAAUUAUCACAACGACAAAACUGCCCGAACCCAAAGGCUUUUGUUGAGGAAGUAGAAGAAGCAUUCACUUUUUGGGGUACUCCUGAGGGUGAUCUAGUUCAUCCAGCUGAAUGCAUGCAACAACUGCUUGAGAAAGUAAGGCAUCAUAGAGUUAAUAUUGAUGGCAAUGUAUGCACUGUGAUGGUCACAACUUUGGUUCUUGAGGGUUGGCAGAGGAAACUUGAUCCAGGAUAUAAUGUGAUGCAAACACUACAGACACUGCUGCUGAAAGCUGAUUGGGCAAAGUCUCUUUCCUACACUAUUGAUGGGCUGAUGGCUCCAUAAACAUUCUCUGAAGCCUGAUUAGCUAUCUAUGCAUCCUCUCAAAGUGAUCUUUAGGAUCAUGUGUUUCUGUUUCUUGAAAACAAUUUUGACAGAGCUUAGACCCUAAAAUAUACCAGUCCUUGAAAAGCGUAUAAUUAAUCUUUUCGUUGAAAUUUUGAGCUAACAUGAAAUUUUAUCUUUCUGUAAUUAUUUGUUAGUUUCCAGUAUGCAUUCCUGUUAUAUCUUGAGCCCCUAUCGCACAGUUGAAAACUGUGAAAAGAAGGGGUUAAGAAAGAGAAAUAAAGUGUCAAACUAUUCUUUUUCUUUAAAUUCAUUAUGCAGAAUAGAGGGGAAAAGAAAACUCAUGUACCAGAACUUAAUUAGUUUAACUGAACUAUAUACAGAUUGUAUUUAUUUGUUGCUUCACAUACCUUGUUAUAUAUGUAACUAGUCAAUUGAUGAUGCUGCUGAUAAAUCUCAUGUCCGAAUCCUUGGCCCUCCCGUUUCUUCGAGUUUAUACACUCUCAUAUGCAAUUCUUCCAAAAAAUUUUCCUUUCUCACUCUUUAACUCUGUGACAGUGAUUCAAUAGUGUAGCAAUAUAAGCAGGUUAUGAUGGAUCCUGACGCCCCAACUCCAAGUGAGCUGAGAUUGAAGGAGUGGCUCUACUGGUAAUUCCAUUAUCAUGCUUAUCUCUGCUAGUGUACUGUGUAAAGAAUGAAAUGUCACUAUAAAAAUUUGGUACAAGUAAUGUUUCUGUUGCAGGAUUGUUGUAGAUAUUCCUGAGGGACAUGAUGCUACCAAAGGAAGAGAGAUGGCGCCUUACAUGGGACCCCUGCCACCUACAGGAAUUCACAGGUGUAUUUUGGCUCUGUUUAAGCAGGAGAGAGCAACGGGGGGAGGGUGUCGACUCCCGGAUGCCCGAGCCAACUUCAUUACUCGCCAAUUUGCUGCUCAAAGCAGGCCGGGCCUUCCUUUUGCUGCAGUGUAUUUCAACUCACAGAAGGAACCCGCAAUGAAGAAACGCUAGCAGAUACUUCAAGUGCAACACUUAAUCCUAAAUUUUUAGUAGAUUUUGUGAUACAUUCAUUAAAAGAUUACAGAAUAGGUUUCGUAGGCUUAUGGAGAUGGGUUUUUGUUGUUAAAAGAACUGAUUUUGGUCUGUAUUUAAUUUUCAUUCAUUUUGAUUUGAAUA